CGCAUCCUGCUGUAACUGUGGUCGGGCCGACGUCGGGGUUUAUCCAUAUGCACCCUCCGGAGCUGCUCGCGCUCAUCUGCGCGUACGUCUACGCCGCCGGAAAUGAUCCCACACUUACAUCUCUCGAUCCAAUCCUACACCCUGAGGGUAACGCGCCUGUUGUACUUCCAGCAUCCUAUCCCCCGUCCCGCUGGCCAGAUGCAAUCUCUCACCGGACCCUGGCCAGUCUUUGCCUUGUCAAUCGCACUUGGUAUGAGGCCGCACGUCCAUGGCUGUGGCGCAAGGUAGAGGUUCGCCUCCCUCGCAGCUGGCUCGCCCUCGUGGAAGAAAUAGCCGGUGGUGAUCAGGAAAGCGUCGACCAAGAUCAGACUGCGGUCCUCAUCGACCAAACCAUUCAGAAGGCGGAGAAUGCCGUUCUGGCGACCCACGAGUUGUUCGGUGGGAUCAUUGACCAGGCCGCGGCCCUUCACCUGCACGAGAAGGUCAUCGAGAAACUGAGUGGGCCAGACGGUUCUAUCCCCCCUGAACUCCUCACUCCCGCGGCUAGUCGUGACCCGAGUCCUCGCCGUCUCAGGCAAAAGAGCAAGAGUCCCGCCCGAUGGAAGCUUAUGCGUUCCAUCAGCGAUGCUGUUAGGAACGUCAUGGAGCACGACAAUCCAGGAUUUUACGUGCCACACCUCGAAGUCCCGCAUAUCGGACAUCUCGUACAUCAACUAGAUUUUAAUCAUUUCCGAACCAUAGGCAUGCGCCGCUCUGUAGAGGAAGGCGUCAACAACCGUUUUGUGACAGGGAGCAGGCUUGAGUCUGUCCUGAAGGAAAUGCCCAGUCUGGUGGCCUUCGGUGCCACCGAGUAUAUGGAUAGUGCCCUGACGUGCCCGGUACUCAGAGAGCUGCUCCUGCGUGGCUCUGCAUCUCGUGGCCGUGGGCGCCCCUCGCGUGGUCGCGACCUCGUGAUCUUCGAUCCGAACGAUACGGAGGAGGAAGACCGCGAGCGGCGGCGAGAAUGCAGAGAACUCGAAGCCAUCGACUUGACGGGCUGUGUCAGCGGCGUUUUCGUGAACGCGCUCACGCAAUUCGUGCAAGACCAUGUGUUCGACCUCACCGACACAGAUUCCGGCAGCAGUGACGAGGAGGGCGAUGACUAUCACACGCGCCCAAGGACCUGCAAUGCGGUGCGCGAACCGCUCAUGUUCCCGGGUGUCCAGAGGCUCGGGUUGCGCGGCGUCAAGUCUGUACUGCCGCAAACUUUAACUCCGUUCGUGCUCGCGUUUCCGUCGCUGACGCACCUUGAUCUCUCUUGCACACGCGCCUCGCCGGACCUCCUCGAUGCCCUCGGGACUUCACCCACCGUCCGCCUGCGUUCGCUCGCGCUCGAGCGGUGCAACUGGCUGACAGGUGACAGCAUCCGCUCUUUUCUUGUCCACGCGCCGGCUACGAGGGAUAUCGAGCAGUUGAGCCUGUAUGGCGACUGGACGUACCCAUCGCCGUUGAGCGAGGAAGAGCUUCAAGACGUGCUUGCGCACGCACCCUGUUUCACUAAGGGCCGGCUCGUGUUCCUCGACAUCUCGAGCGCGCCGCUCACGGACGCGAUGCUCCAGGACGUGUUCACGCUGCAGCCGCGCCUGCGCUCGCUGGGGUUCUCGCACAUACCCGAUCUCGACCUCGGCGCGGUCGCCGAGUUCCUGAAGACAAAGGCGCCGCAAGUGGAGGUGCUCACCCUCGUUUCGACUUCGUCCGCACUCGGAUCUGGCCCUCGUGGUGUGCCUCUCCGCCAGGCGGCCAUCAAUCUGCACUCGCGGCUAGUCUGGCCGCUGUGCACACCGCCAUUCUCGCUCAGCGGCGCGACACAGAAGGCAGCGACCCAAUUGCGCGUUGUGGAGCUGGCGAUGCCGCUGCUGGCGAGCGUGGGUCCUGGCGCAGGCGCGUGGCGUGUGAUCAAGAGCAAGGGCGGGCGCGGGUGGUACGUAGACGCUGCAAGUGGGUGGAUCAGCGAGGCCGGGGACAGUGUGGGACAUACACUCAGGCGGGAUCUGCCAAGCGACCACCCCUGGCGAACGGCACUGGAGUGCCUCGCCGACGCUAAUGGGAACGUUAGCAGCGGCAUUGGCUGGCACGCAAGAAAAAUGGAGAUCCUCAACGGCCAGGGUCUCUUGGGUAGGGAGUCAGGGCUCUACGGCGCGGUGUCCUUCGCGUAUCAAGGAUGACAAUGCUCUGCAAUCAGUCACUGUGUGUAAAACCAUGUACUAUGUAAUAUUACGCAAUACAAAUGUUCCGCGACUGUCA